ACGGCCGCAGUCACUUCCUGCCCCUGUGCCCAUCCGGCUCCGGGGUCAGCGGCCGCCGCUCUGGCGGGACACGGGAUAAUAAAGUUUUAUUCGGGGAGGGGGGAAAAAGCGCCCUUCCUCUCCCAGCAGGAACGAGCUGCUGGAUGUAGAGGGAAAGUAGAUCGUGCGCGCAGAAAAUGCCUCUAAGGGACAAGUGUUGUCAGACUGACCACCAUCACCAUGGAUGCUGUGAAGCAGUGCAUAUGUUGGAACCUGGUGAUCCUCCAUUAUUACAGCAGCCUUUGCAGACAUCAAAAUCUGGUAUUCAACAAAUCAUUGAGUGUUUUCGAUCAGGAACUAAACAACUUAAACAUAUCUUGUUAAAAGAUGUGGACACCAUUUUUGAAUGUAAAUUGUGCCGGAGUCUCUUCAGAGGAUUACCAAAUUUAAUUACUCAUAAAAAGUUCUAUUGUCCUCCAAGCCUUCAGAUGGAUGACAACCUCCCAGAUAUAAAUGAUAAACAAAGUCAAGCCAUAAAUGAUCUCCUGGAAGCAAUCUAUCCAAGAGUAGACAAGCAAGAAUAUAUAAUUAAAUUAGAACCUAUAGAAACUAAUCAAAAUGCUGUAUUUCAGUAUGUAUCAAGGACUGAUAGCCUAGAUGAGAACACAGAAAUUAGUGGUACUGAUCAAGCUCCAGUACAAGUACAGGAACCCAGCACUGAGCAACCCAAGACUGUUCCAGCUCCAGCUCCAACUCCAGUUGGGGAAACUUUGGAAUUACCUCCUGCUGAUCCUGUUACAAACAAAGUGAUACCUGCUUCUGAAGAACAGCCUCCAGCAGUAAAUCCUGAGUUGGACUCUUCAGAUAAUUCUGAUUUUGGCCACCAGUUGAUUUGUUGCCUUUGUAGGAAAGAAUUUCAUUCCAGACGCAGUGUACGCCGGCACAUUAGAAAAGUACACAAAAAAAAGAUGGAAGAGCUGAAGAAGUACAUAGAAACAAAAAAGAAACCAAAUCAGUGCUCAGCGAAGGGAAGAAAUAAGAAUGUUCUUGUAACAUUAGGUAGAAGUUGUCCUGUAUGUUAUAAAUCAUUUGCUACAAAAGCCAACGUAAGGAGGCAUUUUGAUGAAGUUCAUAGAGGAUUAAGAAGGGAUUCCAUUACUCCUGAUAUAGCUACAAAGCCGGGGCAACCUUUGUUCUUGGAUACAGUUUCUGCUAAAAAAUCUUUUAAGACCCGAAAACAAAAGUCGUCUUCAAAGGCUGAAUACAAUUUAACUGCAUGCAAAUGCCUUCUGUGCAAGCGAAAAUAUAGUUCACAAAUAAUGCUUAAAAGGCACAUGCAAAUUGUUCACAAGAUAACUCUUUCUGGAAAGAACUCUAAAAGAGAGAAAGGACCCAACAAUACUGCCAAUGGCACAGAAAUAAAAGUAAAAGUUGAACCAGCAGACUGUGUAGAACCUUCACCCCCUUCCAUUGCCCUUUCUCCACAGAAUGAAUUAAAGGGAACAAAUCAUUCAAAUGAGAAAAAGAGCACUCCGUCAGCACAGAAAAAUAAAGUUAAACAGGACCCUGAAAACUCUAAAUCAAACUCUAAAUCAACCGCUAAAUCAAACUCUAAAUCAACCGCUAAAUCAACCUCUAAAUCAACCAAUGCAUCUGCUGCAGGUGGCCAGCAAAAAAACAGGAAGCCAAAACUUUCAGCUGGCUUUGACUUCAAGCAGCUUUACUGUAAACUCUGUAAACGCCAAUUUACUUCUAAACAGAACUUGACAAAACACAUUGAAUUGCACACAGACGGAAAUAACAUAUAUGUUAAAUACUACAGGUGUCCACUCUGCUCUUACGAAACACGUCGCAAGCGUGAUGUGAUAAGGCAUAUAACUGUAGUUCAUAAAAAGUCACCACGCUACCUUGGGAAAAUAACUGCAAGUUUAGAAAUUAGAGCAAUAAAAAAGCCAAUUGAUCUUGUUCUAAAUAAGGUGACAAAAAGAGGCCCUCAGAGGGAUGAAACAAAACAGAUUGGUUCAAAACAGGAUGUCACCUCUAAUUCGUCCAAUAAAAAGUAUGAAGGAGCUGAUGUUGGCAUUGAAGUAAAAGUAACAAAAAACUUUUCUCUUCACCGAUGCAAUAAAUGUGGGAAAGCAUUUGCCAGAAAGACUUUUCUAGAACACCAUAAGAAAACCCACAGGGCAAAUAUAUCCCAUUCACCUGAAGAAAAUAAAACCAAAGGCAGAAGUACAAGAUCUAAAGCUGUUGUCUGGUGAGGAAAAAAUAGUGUUUUGUCUUUUUUUUUUCUUUAAAGAAAAACAAAAACACUGCCUUUCAUGUGCUAUUGUUGAUUUGUUGCUGAAAACAUACUUUUCCAUAGAUUUAAUGGUUUAGCAACUUAAGUACUAAGAUAGAUGUCAAGUUUAUUUCUUAAAUUUUGUUUUUAGUGUUUUGGAAAGGAGUUAUUUUCUAAAUUUGUCUUUGUAGGAAGUUGAAAUAGAAUAUAGUUAAGCUGUCCCAAGUAAACUUUUAAAAUUGAUUUAAGGCAUCUAUUGUAAUCAAGCUAGUACAAUACAUUCUUAAAAUAGUAAAAUUAACAGUGCUGUUAUCUGAUUUGAGCACUGUUAAUGAACAUCUCUGUAACCUCGUUGCAGAAGUUCUAAAGGUACCAUGGUAAAAGUGGUUGACUGCAAAAAAUCUCUAUUAACAUACAGGAAUUACCACUCUUGUGGGUUUUUUUUUCCCCCAAUCCUAAUGUGUGUCUGUGUGCUGUUAGCAAAAGGGCAUAGAAUGGAUUACAUCAGUUUGAGUUCGGUCCCGGUAAACACUUUUAAAUUCAUUAAGUUUAGGGCUUGAUUCUUUUAGUGUUUAUAUAUAUAUAAACACAAGUUCUGAUCAUGUAUUUUUUAAAGUAUUUGAGUCUCAUCAAGAAUUUUUGCAUUAAAGCUAAAUAUGCGUAAAAAUCUGGCCCAGAACUUUCUAAACUUCUGCUAAUAUGGUAUUCUGGGAAAUUUUUUUACAGUUAGAUGAGUUGUAUUUAUAGUGACUCUAUUUUCCAUACCCUUCAUGUUAAAGAUGGUCUAUUUUUUUUACAAGAACCUUUUUAAAAAGGAAGGUAAAUAGUUGUUUUAUAUUUCAAAAUGACUGGUUGCUCCCUGAAGGACUGGGGAUUGUACAAAAAUUUAUAAUGGAGAAAUUAGUGAUACUGUAAGAGUUUUUAUCAUUCAGAAAUAUCCUUUAACAUAUUUGGUGAAAAGAAGACCAAGCAUAUGUGCCUUGUUCUGUAUUUCAGAAGUGUUGUCUUCCAGAAGAUAAUUUGGUUUGGGUUCAGCUUUUGUAGUGAAUUACCACCUAGCUAUGUUAAAGUGUAGUCUGGUACUUUAGGGACUUGGUAACAAGUCUUGACUGAAGGGGAUGGAACUUUAAAAGGAAAUGAGCUGGACCCGGAAUUACGCUGAAUUUAAGAGGAAAAGUGACUUUUGUAUUUUGAUCAUGAAUUAAAAAUUUAACCUCACGUAUAAGUUAUUUAUGUUGUAUAACUUAAAACAGAAUUAGAUUGGUAAACUCAGAGUAUUAAUUUAUUCCCGUUUCUCUUCAGAUAGAUUCAAGUGAUGUUCGGAAAGUUUGGAGUUCAUUUGAGUGAAAAGACUUUAAUUUGGUGUUGGAACCACUAAUGUCUUGAUAAUGGUACUCUAAGGAGGAAAUACUUUCAUAAACUGUUGUUUUCUUCCUAAAUUAAUUACCAUUCUGACUGCUUGCUGUAGGACAAUGCCUCCUCCCCAAACAUUUUGAAGUAGUUGAAUUGAAUUCACCUGUGCUUUUAGCUUAGUAGUUAACUAUACUUAUCUCUAUGCAGUUGAGGUUUGACAGAAUGAACUUUCUGAACUUAAAAAAAAAAAAAAUACAGAGGCAACUUAACAAACAGCAGCUUUGGAAGAAGGCUUUUAUUUCCUAUUUAGAAAAUCAUCUUCAGAGAACUCAUCGUGCGUACUGACCCUCCCUAAUACUGCUGACUGAUCAACAGCUCUAACUUUCUUGUGAUAUCCUACUUUGGCAAAUGUUGUGUUAUGUACUGUUUUAAAUAUAUUACAAAUGAAUGUAUAAGAGCAAACAACGUAGUGUAUAUUGGCUGAAUUGUACUAAUUAUUAGUAUUUGCCAUAACAUCUGUUUGUUCAUACUGACUAAUUUCCCAGUUUUGAGGCAUUCUGAAUUUCACUGUACUGAAGUUGAUUUAAAGAUUACCAUUUUUGUUUCCAUAUGUGGUUCAUAGGACAACUUUGUAAACAUCCAGGAAGUUUACAAGAAUAUCCACAUUCCUCUAUUCUUUAUUUUUUUUAAAAAAAAUUUAUACACAAGCACUUUAAUGAUAGUUGCAGUUUAUUUUUUCAGUUUAUUUUUUGAAAGAUCAACACACUAAUGUUAAUAUGAAGGUAGUGAAUAUUUGCUGAUGUAUUAUAGACAGACAAUCUGUGCAAAACCACUUAUAAUGUUAGCUUAUUUCAUUAAAUAUUAAUAAAAAGGGAGGCUAGUUUGGGAGAAAUUCAAAAUAUUUUUUCUCUCGAGAUCAUAAAUGACCACUGUAGGUAGCACUUGACUUUGUAUAACUUGGAAAAUGUUUUAGAUCUCUUUUUUAUCUUUUAAUCAGGAUUUUAGUAAAACAGUUGCAUGCCUACCAUUAUGAAAUUCUUGGCAGGUUUUAGGCAUCAGUGGUUUGGGGGGUUGUGUUUUUUUACUUUUUAGAAAAUAUUUUGUUUAGUGAUUUGUGUCAAAUUGCUACAAUUUGAAAGGUACUGUACAUCAAAAGAAAUACCAUGUUUUUUUAUAUAGGUUCACUCCCUUACUUAGGGAGGUGCCUCAUGUUCAUAUAUACUUUUUGUAUAAAAUAUAUCUAAAAAUGUUGAUCACAAGAUCAGGAGUAAAAUACUUUUAUGGAUAGAGAAAUACUUGGCCCUGUUAGUGCAUUGCACUAAAAAUACUGUGAAUGGGAACUGGACUGUAACUGUUGCUCAAAAUGUUUUAUACUGAAUGUACAUGCUUUUGUUUGGAUAAGUGUACCGUAUUUGGUGGAAAAUAAAGCAAACUGGAAAUUACUUUUAAGUGUGCUUAAACAAAAAGAUGUGGUGUUUAUAAACCUGUAAUGUCUGUGAGUUCGCAAUCUGCAACUACAUCAUUUGCAGUUCUGUAAAAUUUUAUUCCUUGAUCAUUGAAACUAGUUGCUUGAAAUAUUCUGUUGUAAUAAAUGUUUUUUUUCUUAUGCAAA